CGACGCCCCCCCCCCCUCCACCCCCCCCUUCGGACAGCCCGGAGCCAUCGAGCCACGGUGCUUAUGGGGGGCUGCCGGAGCUGCCCCCCCCCCCCCGAGUUGCCCCCCCGGGCCCCUAUAGACGAUGGAGACCCCGAUAGUGCAGUGGGGCUGCUGGAUCACCCCUGGUUCCACGGCACUCUGUCCCGGCUGCGGGCGGCCCAAUUGGUUCUGGCGGGCGGCGCCGGAGCUCACGGCGUCUUCCUGGUGAGGCAGAGUGAGACCCGGCGGGGAGAGUUCGUCCUCACCUUCAACUUCCAGGGCAAGGCCAAGCACCUGCGGCUGUCCCUGAACGAGGAGGCUCAAUGCCGGGUUCAGCACCUUUGGUUCCAGAGCAUCUUUGAUAUGCUGGAGCACUUCCGGGUGCACCCCAUCCCCCUGGAGUCGGGGGGCACCAGUGAUGUCACCCUGGUCAGCUACGUGGUGGCCGCCCAGAGACCCCCGGAUUACCACGGGACGCCCCCCCCAGGCCGGGAGCGCUCCGGCAGCCGCUGUGAUGCCCCCCCCGAGGCCGAGCACCUCCCGUAGGGGGGCCUCCAGCCAGAUUAUGGGGAGCUAAUCCUGGAUUAUGGGGUCCCUGCUCUGGAUUAUGGGCACCUCAACGCGGAUUAUGGGCUCACAGCUCAGAUUAUGGGCACUCCAACCUGGAUUAUGGGCAUUUCAAGCUGGAUUAUGGGAUCACGCUCUGGAUUACGCACCCACAUCCCAGAUUAUGGGCACCCCAACCUGGAUUAUGGCGUCACACCCUGGAUUAUGGGCAUCUCAACCUGGAUUAUGGGAUCACACUCUGGAUUAUGGGCCCACAUCCCGGAUUGUGGGGUCACACCCUGGAUUAUGGGCGCCCCAAUCCGGAUUAUGGGGUCACACCCUGGAUUAUGAGCACUCCAACCCGGAUUAUGGGCAUCUCAACCCGGAUUAUGGGCCCCCCAACCCGGAUUAUGGGCAUCUCAACUUAGAUUAUGGGCUCACACCCUGGAUUAUGGGCACUCCAACCCGGAUUAUGGGCAUCUCAACCCGGAUUAUGGGCACCUCAACCGGGAUUAUGGGGUCACACCCUGGAUUAUGGGCACUCCAACCCGGAUUAUGGGCAUCUCAACCCGGAUUAUGGGCACCCCAAUCCGGAUUAUGGGGUCACACCCUGGAUUAUGGACACCCCAACCCAGAUUAUGGGCAUCUCAACCCGGAUUAUGAGGAUACUCCUGGAUUAUCCAUCCAUCUUCUCGAUAAAGGGCAUCCCCCCCCCCCCCGGAUUAUGGGUAUUUGCACCCGGAUUAUGGGCAGCCCAAGCCCAGAUUAUGAAGAGGCCCCUGGAUUAUGGGGCCUCACUGUGGAUUAUGAACACUACAAAGCUGGAUUAUGGGCCUCACUCUGGAUUAUGAACACUACAAAGCUGGAUUAUGGGAUCCUCCUGGAUUACGAGCCCCCCCCUUUGGACUGUGGGGCUCCAAUCCCAGAUUAUGGGUGCACCAUUCCCAGAUUACGGGGUCCUCCUGGUUUCUGUGACUCCAAAUGCAGAUUAGGGGGACCCCCCCAUGGGAUUAUGGUCAUUUCAUCCCUGGAUUUCGGGGUUCAGCCCCAGAUUAUGGCAUUCCCUGGAUUAUGGCACACUAAAUCUGGAUUAUAAAACACUACGUCCGGAUUAUGAGACUGAAUCCCGGAUUAUGGGGAUCCCUCGGAGUGUGGAUCCCUAAUCUGAGAUUAUGGGCCUCUAAUCUGAAUCUAUAGGCCUCUAAUCCCAUCUUUUGGGACUCCCAUCCCAGAUUAUGGAGGUCUAAUCCCAUAUUAUGGGUCUCUAAUAUGGGAUUAGGGGAUCGCAAUCCCAGAUUAUGGGGUUUCCCCCAGAUUAUGGGCCUCUAAUCUCGGGUUCUGGGACUCCCAUUAGGAAUUACGGCACUGUAGUCUUGUAUUAUGGGGUGUAUCCCCAUAUUAUUGGUCUUCAAUGUGGGAUUAGGGGAUUGCAAUGCCAGAUUAUGGGGUUUCCUUACAUAGUAGGUCUGUAAUAUAGGAUUACGGGACUCUAAUCCCAUAUUAUGGGCCUCUAAUCCCAUAUUAAGGCUCUCUAAUCCCACAUUAUAGACUGUAAUCCCAGAUAAAGGCUCUCUAAUCCCGUACUAAGGGCCUUUAAUCCCAUAUUAUGGACUGCAAUCCCAGAUUAAGGGUCCCUAAUCCCAUAUUAAGGCUCUCUAAUCCCACAUUAUGGAUUGUAAUCCCAGAUUAAGGCUCUCUAAUCCCGUAUUAUGGUCUGUAAUCCCAGGUUAAGAGUUCCUAAUCCCAUAUUAUAGGCUGUAAUCCCAGAUUAAGGCUCUCUAAUCCCAUAUUAUGGGCUGCAAUCCCAGAUUAAGGCUCUCUAAUCCCAUAUUAUGGGCUGCAAUCCCAGAUUAAGGGUCUCUAAUCCCAUAUUAUGGGCUGCAAUCCCAGAUUAAGGGUCCCUAAUCCCAUAUUAUGGGCUGUAAUCCCAGAUUAAGGGUCCCUAAUCCCAUAUUAUGGUCUCUAAUCCCAGAUUAAGGCUCUCUAAUCCCAUAUUAUGGUCUCUAAUCCCAGAUUAAGGGUCUCUAAUCCCAUAUUAUGGGCUGUAAUCCCAUAUUAAGGGUCUCUAAUCCCAUAUUAUGGGCUGUAAUCCCAGAUUAAGGCUCUCUAAUCCCGGAUUAAGGACCAUAAUCCCGGAUUAUGGGAUCUCCCCACAAAACCACAGCAGCGUUGGGUCCCAAUUUCUUUAUUUUCCACCCCAAAAAUUGAACCCCCCCCCCCCCCCCAAAAAAAAGGCAAAAAACCCCAAAAUCGGUAAAAGCGCCGUUUGUACAGAAGUGCAAUUUUCAAAGAAAAGCUCCAAAAUGAA